AUCUUGAUUCUUGAUCUUGCCUUGAACCCUGAACUGGAGAGAAGCCAUGAGCCGGAAUCUGCUCAGGAGCUUCUCUCUCCGUUGCCAAUGGAAUCGACCCAUCAUUUCCUUUCCAUCCUCAGUUAUCAAUAGGGUCAGAUUUUAUUCCCACGACGAGCAGAACAAGACCCAAGAUCAGGAGCUCGAUGCUUCCCAUGAUGCCGAUGAUGUCGGCAGAGAAGAACUGAAGACGAGGAUCUUGAAAUUUUACGAUGAUGGCAACAUGGAAGCGAUUCCAUCAAUUCUUGAGGAAAUUUUGAAGCGGAAAUUGGCCGGAAAAAAUGACGAGAGCUUACUUGAUCAACUUCCUUCUAACGUUAGACGUGAAGAUCUUGAAGGCGGUGAAGACAGUGAUUGAGAGAUUGGUAAUCUGUUCGUUACAAGGUCAUAUGACUGUCGAUUAGGAAUAGAUAAGGUUGAUAUAUAGAUAGGACUCUAGAUCUGUUAUCCUGCGCUUCUGGUGUGGACAAUUUGUUGUUUUGUUUGGAGUAAUGUAAUUUACUUGUGUGGGAAUCUUUCCUGUUUCGAGCAUCAGAUGUAAAUUUGUGAAUGAUAAAGAUAUUUGCUUCAAGUGGAAUUUAUUUUAAAUUAUUC